CUUCGUUUUCCUUGUUUCUAUUUUCAGGCCCUGCCUCUAUACCUGGAUAAGCUUUUCAACCAAUAUGUUGCCAUUAUACUAUCAGUAACUUUUGUUUUGUUUUUUGGAGAGGUUAUUCCUCAAGCAAUAUGCACCAGAUAUGGACUUGCAGUAGGUUCAAAUUUUGUUUGGCUUGUUCGUAUUCUGAUGAUCAUAUGCUACCCAAUUUCUUACCCCAUCGGAAAGAUCCUAGACUGUGUAUUGGGACAUAAUGAAGUACUAUUUAGACGAGCUCAGUUAAAAGCCCUUGUCUCUAUCCACAGUCGAGAGGCUGGCAAGGGAGGUGAUCUUACACAUGAUGAGACAACAAUCAUUAGUGGAGCACUGGAUUUAACUGAGAAGACUGCUGAGGAGGCUAUGACACCCAUCGAGUCAACAUUUUCAUUGGAUGUCAUUUCAAAGCUGGAUUGGGAGGCAAUGGGAAAAAUUCUUGCUCGCGGUCAUAGUCGUGUUCCUGUCUACUCUGGCAAUCCAAAGAAUGUUAUUGGACUUCUACUUGUAAAAAGUCUUCUGACAGUACGGGCCGAAACAGAGACACCAGUUAGUGCAGUUUCUAUUCGCAGAAUUCCACGUGUUCCUGCUGAUAUGCCGCUAUAUGACAUACUAAAUGAGUUUCAGAAAGGUAGCAGUCAUAUGGCUGCAGUGGUGAAGGCUAAAGGGAAAAGCAAAAAGCCUCCCUCAGUAGUUGAGGAACAGAAGUCUGAAGACAAUGAAGUCACCAGUGAAACUGCUCCUCUUCUGAUGAAAAAGGAUGGAAAAUCAGAUUAUGUCGUCGUUGAUAUUGAGAAGGCUACAGUGCCAGCAGCGAUAAGCACACCAACAUCUGGUGUUGCAGUGACAAAUAGUGUGGCUCAUUCAUUAGAGAAUAUUGAGGAUGCUGAAGUUAUAGGUAUUAUCACCUUGGAAGAUGUAUUCGAAGAAUUGCUACAGGAGGAAAUUGUGGAUGAGACCGAUGAGUAUGUUGAUGUACAUAAAAGGAUUCGUGUGGCAGCAGCAGCAGCUGCUUCAUCAGUAGCACGAGCUCCAUCAAUCCGGAGGCUGACAGCCCAAAAGGCAGCUGGAGGCCAAAGUAAACAAGGACAAGCACCUAAGAAGUCCAGUGAGGACAUUUCUAGCUCAAGAAGGAUACAAGAGAAUCUUGAAGAGCCUCUUCUUGAGAACAAGAGAUAAAUGGUUUGCUAUGAGAUCAUUUGAGCCUUUUAAGAGGCUCUAAAAUUUUGCAAUCUGAUUUAUAAUUUUGUGAGAACAUAUUCCUUUAUGCGAAAAUUUCCUUAUUGUCCAUUAA